CUUGCGCGAGCGGCGCUCGGUUCGAGGGUUAGGGAGGGGCGGGGGAAUUCCUGCGGAGACAUGGAGGCGGAAGACGUGCAGGGAUUUCCGUCCGUAAAAACCUUCACCGAGGUGGCUGAAGCUGGGGUCUCCAGCCCUCGAUUCAUGACGCUCUGCUCGUGGCUGGUUUCAGAGCUUCGAACCAUUUGCCGGCUGGAGGAGGACGUUAGCCCCGUGCAGGGGCCUGAGGAUGCCGAGACAUUUCAGAUCGAAAUCAGCGGCCUCCUGGGUGAGCUGCACUGCCCGUAUCCGUCACUGACCACAGGGGACGUAAUGGCGAGACUCCGCACCCGAGACAACUGCUUGCAGCUUCUGUAUUUUUUGAGCUCGGAGCUGCUGGCUGCCCGGCUCCAGGCCAGGAAAACGCUCCAGUCCGCAAAGCAAGGCGACAGAAAGAACGAAGCCGUGCGGGAACUCCAUCAGAUCUGCCAAGCCCUGGGGAUGCCUGAGCCGGACCCGGCUUCCUCUGUGGCUCAGGUUAUGGACGACAUUAGAUCCCAGGUUUCUGAGGCUCUGGCUGCUCAAGGGCCGGAGCCCGACCGGACGGCACCACUCCUGAAGGCCCCGUUGACCUCUGAGCAAUGGAAAGCGCUGGACGAGAUUAACCAACUGCUGGGGGCUGAAUACCAGUGCCGAAGACACAUGAUGCUGACACGUUUUGAUGUCACCGUUGCGUCCUUCCAUUGGUCUGAGAGGGCCAAGAACCGAAGCGCAGCCAUGUCCGAAGCCUUCCAACCUUUACGGAGGUCUUUGCCGGAAGAUUCCCAGCUCUCCCUUGCCCACCUGCUGGCUGCCCGCGAGGACUUUUCUCGUAUCGUGAAGACCAGCAGUGGGGCCUUGCGGAGUAAGACCAGCUGUGCCGUCAACAAGAUCUUGAUGACGGGCAGCGUCCCAGACCGGGGAGGACGUCCAAACGAAAUCGAGGCCCCCAUGCCCACCUGGGAGAAGAGGAGAGAAGGAGGAGGAAGAGGAGGAGGAGGAGGCCAGCGCUGGUCUAAACGGGGCAACAAAAAGAAGAAAUAAAGGAAGAGGAUGUGAAACUGGCUGCUGUGGGUCGGCGUGGCCAGAGAGUGUGAAAUUCAGGAAGAGCCACGGAGUCCCACCGAACGUGUCCAAUUCUCAAUCUCGCCUUUCUCCAGGAUGGAGGCGACGCAGCUUUAAAUAAGGAUGUGGUCCUUGGGGCCAGAUGUGCCCCGUAAAGGCAAGCUCCUCUAAUCCAAAGAUCACGCCAACUUUAGGAGAGCCGUAGCUCUCUUAAGCUAUAGGGGAAGGUUUGGGAAGGAAGGCCACGCGGCAGAGCAGCCGGGAAGCCACUAAACAAUUCUUGGCUGUCCGAAAUCAAAAAUAAGUAUUUUGUAUUUAGACUUCAUUUUGCACUCUAAAGGCCACGGAAUGGGGUGCCUAGCUGGGGAAAGGGAAGAAGAUCCAUGGGCUUUGAUUUAAAGUUGAUUUGGAGUUGAAAUCCACAAGUCUUAAAGUUGCCAAGUUUUGGGGACUCCUGAUUUAGAUUUUUACUGUAAAGAAAGCUUCCAAAUUAGGUAUCUGUUAAUUUGCAAGCAGAAAUGCAUAAGUUGUUUUGGGUGAGUGGGUGCUUGGGGUAUUAUUGGAGGGGGUGUGUGUGUGCCUCUUGCCGCCUCCUUUGGUUAUCUUGGUGGUGGUGGGUUUGAACCAGGAAGGCUGGUUCAUAUAUAUCCAUAUCUGCUUAGCUUCCCUGGCUGAGGAAUAAGGGAAUUGUGGCUUGGGAGGCCCAGGAUGAUCAUAUGUAUUGAUGGCCCAAUGGCCUUUUGUAUUUAAAAAAAGGGGGUGUUUUGGGGGGGACAAAUAGAUGUGGUUGAAAUUUAACGGUCUGGGAUUGCUAACACAGCUCAGAUCCCUGAUAAGGUUCUCACUCAUUCAACCCAAACUCUUGCUGUGUAAAGAUCCGUGUUCAAAAUAAAGCUUUUUAUUUUUUCUGCC